AUGGGUAUUAGCCGUGACCAUUGGCAUAAACGACGAAAGACCGGUGGUAAACGUCCACAACCGCAUAAAAAACGAAAAUUCGAAUUAGGUCGACCGGCAGCUCUUACCAAAUUAGGUGCAAAACGUAUUCACACUGUUCGAACACGCGGUGGUAAUAAGAAAUAUCGCGCACUUCGUUUGGAUAUAGGAAACUUCUCAUGGGGUUCAGAAGGCAUUGCCAAGAAAACUCGUGUCAUCGAUGUUAUGUACCAUCCAUCGAAUAACGAAUUAGUACGUACGAAAACUUUAACAAAAUCAACCAUCGUACAAAUCGAUGCUGUGCCAUUCCGACAAUGGUAUGAAUCACACUAUGGCCUUCCACUCGGUCGUAAGAAAGGUGUGAAAUUAACCGAAGCUGAAGAAGCUGUUCUCAAUCGUAAACGCUCUGCGAAAUCGCAAAAGAAACUCGCUGUUAAACAACGUCGUGCUAAAGUUGAACAAGGACUCGAAGAACAAUUUCAAGCCGGACGUGUUCUCGCUUGUGUUGCUUCUCGACCAGGUCAAUGUGGUCGAUGCGAUGGCUAUGUUCUCGAAGGCAAAGAACUUGAUUUCUACAUGAAAAAAAUCAAACAAAAGAAAUCGAAAUAA